AUGUCGACAUAUAUUAGAGGACCUUUAUGUGGUAUUGAUAAUUGUCCCUCUAGAUUAUGGCGUAUUUUAGCAGGUCAUCGUACAUGUCAAUAUGGGCAUGUUAUGGAAGGUGAUUAUGAAUUUAAUGAUGACGAAGAUGUUGGCUCUGGAAAUGCAAUAACACGUCGUUUAAAUUUAACUACAAAUGCAACAGGUAAUUUUCAAUCGAGUAUAUCUUUAUCUCAGUCCCAAUCAAUAUUAGCGAAAAGUCAGGAUAAAAAAGUAUAUGGGUCCAAGGGUAGAUUAAUAUUUGUCAAAAGUUUCCAAUGGAUAUUAAAGAGGCAAUCAGAUUGGAUUGUUAAAAAGACUAAUAAUCAACUGAUUGAUAGAUUUGUUAAGAAUUUAUGGAUGAUGUAUUUGAAGAGUAUUGAUGGAAAAGAUGAAGUUGGUUUAAGUUUGGUAUCAAGUAUAAGUAUUCUUUUAAUCGCCUGUACUCAACUACAUAUUUCUAUAUAUACCAGUGAUUUCCAAGAAUGGAUAACUAAUGGAGAUUUGUUAUAUUUUAAAGCCAAUGAAAAGAUACCAAGUCAAUGGAGAGAAACAAUGCCCAAUUAUUAUUUGAAAAUAUUAGAAGGUGGUAGUGUCCCUACUGAGAAUCAAAUACAAAAUAAUGUCUUACAUCUUUUAGAUAGAUUAAAUUUCGAAAAAUAUUGUGGUAAGUUACAAUUAUCUAUGGAACCAUUAAUUUUUAAAUUAAUUCUUGAAUUUACUCUUCCAUGUGAAUUUUUUUCAUAUGUAUCUAUUGCAAUUAAAGAUAGGAACGAUUUAUUAGAAUACGAAAAUGUUGCCAUUAAAAAUAAAGUAAUUUUGAUUAAGCAUCAUCCAGAAUUUCGAAUUUUAUGUUAUUUCUAUUUUAUUGUAACCAGCAUGUUAAGUUAUGAUGAAGAAAUUUAUUCAACUAAAUGGUUAAAUCGAUAUUUGCAAAUUCAAAAAGAUAAUGAAGAGCCUAUCACAAUGAGGGCUAUAAGGUUUGAUAGAGAUGUCUACGAUUGGGAUGCAAAUGAUACACAAGAUUAUUUAAAGUGGAUAGAAACGAAAUUUUUACCAAUGCAAGGUACCCCUGAAGAACGUAAAAAUGGUGGUAAGAUUAAUAUCGAUCAAAGAAUCGCCAAGAGAAAAUUAUACAAGAUGAUACCAAUACCAGAUACCUCAUCAGAGACGUCUGCUAUACCAGAGAAUAUUAAUAAAGAAAACAAUGAUAAAAUCGAUGACGAAAAUAAUGAAAUGAAUUCUGACCGUAAGUAUCCAACUAAGAAAAAGGGCAAUCUAACAUACAUUGGAAUCAUCCAAGAUCAAUACUUAAAAUUAAACUCAGAUUUCCUAAAUAAUGAUGAAAUCGUCAGUAGUAAUAAAAAUAGAGAGCAAAUAAUAGAUGAAAUUAAGCUAUUAUACAUGGCAAGAUUGCGGAAUCAAUUUGGAAUUUCCAAAGCGGAAUUUGAGAACGGUAUUGCAGAAAUGGAACAAAUGCUAAACGGCUAA